CGGCUCCUCCUCCGUCCGGCCCCCGGGGCGGGGUCUGUCGGCUCGCCCUCCCCUCGCCGCCUAAGCCUUCCCUCCACUCGCCGGGUCCCCUCCCCACGAGCAACACGGCUUCUGCUUCCCAGCGCUGCGACAGGGGCUUCCCCUCAACCUCAGCCUCCGCCGGCCAAGCACUGCCGCACCGGCGGCCCGCGGCCGCCAUGCAGUUUAUGUUGCUUUUUAGUCGUCAGGGAAAGCUUCGACUGCAGAAGUGGUAUGUCCCAUUGUCAGACAAAGAGAAGAAAAAGAUCACAAGGGAACUUGUUCAAACUGUUUUAGCACGGAAACCUAAAAUGUGCAGCUUUCUUGAGUGGCGAGAUCUGAAGAUUGUUUACAAGAGAUAUGCUAGUCUGUAUUUUUGCUGUGCUAUUGAGGAUCAGGACAAUGAACUCAUUACCCUGGAAAUAAUUCAUCGUUAUGUGGAAUUACUUGACAAGUAUUUUGGCAGUGUGUGUGAACUUGAUAUCAUCUUUAAUUUUGAGAAGGCUUAUUUUAUUUUGGAUGAGUUUCUUUUGGGAGGGGAAGUUCAGGAGACAUCCAAGAAAAAUGUCCUUAAAGCAAUUGAGCAGGCUGAUCUACUGCAGGAGUUUCAGGAGGUUCUUGGAGUCCUGAGAAAUUCAUCUCCGGACACUCUAAGCCACGUCAUGAAUAUUUUAAUGUCCCAGUGUACUAAAUGACUCCUCGACGCGUAUGCAGUCUCACAGAGGAAAUAGAAAGCUGAUAUACUUAUGAAAGGAAAUAUCCUCAGCUUGUGACCAUCUUAUAAUAAUAGAAUGUUUCAGAAUCAAUACCUUUACAAUUGUAAUUGUUUCCUGUUCGUAGUCCUCUUUUCUGUUUUAUUUUCAUUCUAUAUGUGAUCUCGAUGUAGCUUACUCCUGCUUGCAGCUGGCUUAAUUUCUUCUGAAAAAAUGUGACCUAUGAAUGUUUUCGUAAUAUUUCAUCUUAAACAUAUCCAUGUCAUUUGUGAACCGUUUGGGAUUAAUCUUGUAAGAGGCAAACCUAGCAAUUGUUACAGUGUUUGCCAAAGAAAAUACAGCUGAAAUGCUAGGUUUCAAUAAGCAGUGCCAUAAUAUAUAGUGUGGUUUGGUCUUCAAAUGUUGGGGGGGAGACUAUAUUUAGUGUGACUAUAUUAUAAUCUAUAUGAGCUCAUGUGUUUUAAUGUAUCACAUUACAAGUGUGUUUGGAAAUACUAGUAAAAUCUGUACAAUUACAUCAUUUAAGGUAAAAAAUGCACAGUUUUUAAGAAAUGUGUAAUGCCACAUUUAUUGAAUCACAUGUGUGCUGUAUAAUACCAAUCCCUUUAAGAACUAUCAGAAAGCUAUAUCAGAAAAAUCUCACCUGCAAUGUCUGAUAGUAAGUAACCCUUUCAAAAUAUUCCUACUGAGUUUCUAUAGUCAGAUUCGAAUAUUUGAAUAGGUUUAAAUACUUAUAUCUUACCGGUCAUGGUUUUAUCAUAUCGUCUUCAUUUAAAAUACUUAAUGAUUUGUUAACUAUGGUUUUAUACUUCUGAAUAUUAAAACCUUUCAUAUUGAUCAUUAUUGUGUAUACUUUUAGUAAAACAUGCAACAUACUUGAUUAUAAAAGGAAAGUCCCAAAUAACUCAUUGUUUAUACCUAGAGAGUUUAAAGCCUGAGUUCAGUAAGCUGUCAUUAAACAGUAAAUUCAAAAGAUGCUUACACUGGCUUACCACUGAAAGAAGACCUAUGAAAAUGUGUGUAAGGCAGGCAUGCAAAGCAGUGCUCACCAUUCACCAUAGCACCUGGAUGGGCUAUCAAAUGAAUUUAGCAUUAUACAUUGAAAGCGUUGGAAAACAUUGGUCUUUCAUUUCCAUUUUUCCCCUCCAUCCCGCUCCCUGCCCUGCAAUAUAUUAUUUACCUGGUUUUAAUGCUGCAUAAAUAUGCAUUGUCUCAUGCCUGUUUGUUCUGGAUGCUGUGUGUUGAGCUGUUGUAACAAGAUGUUGCUUGUUUUGUUUUCUGUAUACAGCUGCUUGCUUUGAAUUAGUCGAUUCUGAAAUAGCUUCCCUUGCAUGUCUAAAAUAAAAAUAUUGCAUGUA